CAUUGAGUUGAAAUAUUAACAUGACUGCAUUCUAAUUAACAUUGUGUAUAUUUACACUUGACAUUUUCUCUUGCUUGUUUCAAUCCACUCUCAAACCUCAUCACAUACGCACAUUAACCCAGCGCGUCAAACAUUUUUGGGGUUUCGGUUUCAAUUUUCCGUGAAGCUUUCUUUGCAUUGCAUUUUACUAUUUUAAGCACUUGUUAAAUAAUAUGCAUAAGUAAAAAGUGAUUUUAUCAUUUACCCGCGCUAAACAUUAAUUAAAAGUCGCAGUUUCUACUAACGCCUACGUUUCUGCUUCCCCCGAGUCUAACGUAUUGCUCGUGACGUCAAAUGCUGGUCUGAUAUGUAUAAUAUCAACAAAUAGAUAAAUCUUCAACAGCUUACAAGGAACUAAUAACAAUAAUACGACAAAAUGGAGAUGAAAUUCGUGAUGAUAUUAAUACUUGGCUUUGGCUUUAUGUUUGUUUUCACUGCAUUUCAAACAAUGUGUAACAUCGAGAAAACAAUAUUGGACAGCAUAGCGCAGGAGGAUGACAGCUUCAAGGGCGACGGCUACACCAGCCUGGCCAUACUCUAUCUAUUCUUUUCGCUCUCCAAUUGGCUGGCGCCGUCCUUCAUCUCGUUUACAGGACCUCGCGUGGCGAUGGUUGUGGGCGCAUCCACCUACACGCUCUUCAUGAUCACCUUUCUGUUCCCAUCGACUGCGCUGCUGUAUGUGGCGAGCGCUGUGCUGGGUCUGGGCGCCUCGAUCACCUGGACGGGUCAGGGCACCUAUUUGGCGCGCUGCAGCAGCUCGGAGACAAUUUCACGCAAUUCGGGCAUCUUCUGGGCUCUGCUGCAGUGCAGCAUGUUCUUUGGCAAUCUGUUCGUUUACUACCAGUUUCAGGACAAGACGCACAUUGACAAGGAGACGCGCAAUCUGGUUAUUGGCGUGCUGACCAUUGUGGCCAUUUUGGGCAUUGUGUUUUUGGCCGCCUUGCGCUUCAUGGCCAGCAACGCGGAGCAGGACAAUGAGCUGGAGGAGCAGCACACGGGCUGCGGCCAGGCGCUCUAUGCUCUGAAGCUGGCCGGCAAACUGUUCUGCACCAAGAAAAUGCUGCUGCUCAGCUUGGCGUUCUUCUACACAGGUCUGGAGCUUUCGUUCUUCAGCGGCGUUUUCGGUUCGUCCAUUGGCUUCACCUCGAAAAUAGCUUCGACGCCCAAGGAAAUUGUCGGCCUGGUGGGCAUCUGCAUUGGCGUCGGCGAAGUCUUUGGCGGCGGCUUCUUUGGCAUUCUGGCGUCGAAGACGACUCGCUUCGGUCGCGAUCCCAUUGUGAUUGCCGGCUAUGUGAUGCACAUGGCUGCCUAUUUGAUGACAUUCCUCAAUUUACCGAAUAGCGCACCGUUUACAGAUACCACCGAUAUAUCGUAUUUGGACCCACCUAGUGCCUCGAUGGCAUUGGUGUGCGCCUUUCUACUGGGUCUUGGCGAUGCCUGCUUCAAUACGCAGGUCUAUUCCAUGCUGGGCGGCGAGUUCGUCAACAAUCCGGUUGGCGCAUUCGCCCUCUUCAAGUUCACACAGUCCGUGGCGGCGGCCAUCAGCUUCUUCUAUUCCUCGCACUUCGGCCUCUACAUCCAGCUGGCCAUUUUGGUCAUCACUGGCACCAUUGGCACGGUGUCAUUUGUUAUUGUUGAGUGGAGCUUCAAGCGGGAGCAUCGCGAGCAGGAGAAGUCGAUAAGCGCGUCGCUUGCAGAGUAGUUUAAUUCAUGAAUGCUGUUUGUAUUUAAGUUUAGUAAUAGUAUUGAAAGAUAUUGCUUAAGGUAAAGCACGCUUUUGUGUAUGUGCAAUGUUUGUU